GGUCUACAGGAACGUUCUCUGAACGUUCUAUAGACUUGGUUACAGUGGGUUUUUCGAAAUAAUCUAGUGUGCCCUGUUUAAAGAUGGCGGCUACCGCUUCCUAAAUUGGCAAUACACCUACUCACGUGAUGUACCCCUGUCACUCACAUGACAUUUGCAGAGCAUGCCGGGUGAUUAUAUGGAUCCAGAGGCUGGUGCAGUAAUGUUUGCUGGUUUUGAAAAGACUAGUGAUCUGAUCAAAUCAUUACCACCCGAUUUAUUUGCUGAACUGUGUCAACAGAGUGUUCAGCAUCUUCAGAGCCAGGAUGGGGGAGUAGACCAAUCAGUUCUUUUUCAGAGAUUUCAAGCUGCUGGAGUAGAAGUAAAUGUGGAGAACCUUAGAAACAUUACUAAUGCGGUUACCUCUCUCUUUAGCACAGCAGCAAAGCAGAAACUGUCCUGUGAAGAACUGUUAAGCGCCAUAUUGAGAAGUAGCAAGCUACCAAAGUCCAUCCUACAAGUAAUACGGCAUGUGUGGAACCAGGAGGGCAAAUAUUUGGCCGAAUUGGAAGGAGUGAAGGAUCUAAUGCCAGUUGGACAGGUUGUAGAUCUUCAAUGGAAAAUUGGAAUGGCAGUGAGUUCAGACAGCUGUCGGUCCUUAAAUCACCCAUAUGUCACUUUAGUAUUAAAGGUGGCAGAUUAUUCUGGCCAAAUCACAAGCAAAGUUCUUGAGAUGACCAUUCCAGAGUUUCAGAACUUCUUCAAGCAAUUCAAAGAGAUGUCUGCAGUCCUCGAGACGGUUUGAACUGAAUGACUGUCUGCUAUUCAGCACUCCUAUCUACAUCAUCCAUAUAAACACAACUUUCUGUCUCUUUUAUAUCAGUGUCUAUAGACAGACUCGCAGCAAUGAUACUGGGUGUUAUUGUUAUACAUUAUUCAUGUAUGAAAUACAAACCUGGUAAAGCAUGGUAACAUACUUUAUACAGUUACAUUGAUUCAAUUUGAAAGGGUUUUUUUUUUCUCUUGUAUUAUGUUAUUACUUGAGCUUUUGAAUGUGCUUUACUUUUCAUAGAUGCAAUUAAAUAUA